UUGCAUGUCAAUGUAGUCGGCAUUGAUUGUUCUCACCCGCCAUCAACACUUCCAGGCAUGCCGACGGCAUCGCAGCUCCAUUCCAUCCAUCUGCUGCGUGCCCUACUCCGUGAAGCCUCGUAUCUCCCGGAUGCAAACGCCCGCACCUACUUCCAUCGCUACAUCCUCAAUCGAUUCCGCACAUAUCAGCCCCCGCAGAAGAAUGCCCCUCGUCGAGCAUCCCUCAUCGCCCAGCGCGCUCGCCCGCUGCAGCGCAAGGCCCAAAAGGCCCUGAACCACCUUCGACGCGCCAACCUCGGUGAUAUGCGUUGCUUGGAGAAGAUCCUCCUCUUUACCUAUGGCCGCCUUGGUCCACGUAAAUACGCCCUGCAACAGUACUUGCUCACGCCGACGACCAACUGCACUGCCGAUGGAACUGCUGCUCCACUGCAGAAACUCUACUACAGCAAUGACCGGUGUCUAGCUUUCUUCAACGCUCCCUACCGCAAAGACAACAACAACUACAAGAUCGAUUUUUCCGACCGUUAUCCGCGUCUCAAGGCCAUGGUCAUGUCCCAGCACACCCAGGACAUUUCCAUGGUCCGCUCCCUCAAGAAGCCCAGCCUUGUAACCCCCAUUCUCAACGCCUGGCACCGUCCCAUGCCUAUCCGCCGCGCCAAAAACAACGUCAAGAAGUACUACGCCGGCAUCAUGUCCGUAUUGCUGCCUCCACUGCCGCCUGCUGAGUGGGAUGCCCUCUAUGCCAAAACACAAGGUCAGGGCCAGAUCGAGCUUGUUCCCCGCCGCAAACCAGCUUUCCAACGUCAUCCCGAACCCCUCGACGAGCAGUCGGCCUUGGCCGCUGUCAUUGAUGCAGCACUGGCCCUGAAGAAACCAAGCAAAGCGGAAAAGGAUACCAGCUCCAAGGGCCCUCAUAACAUCACUGCCAAAUUCAUGAGACGCAUGUACGCCCGCCUCUUCCCGUUUUGCAGCAAAAUCGAGUUCGACUCGGCGCGAAACAAAUGGAUUGUUACUUGGGGGAAACCUCAAGACCUGCAUACACAGUCUUUGUUUCAAUCCCCGGUGCCCAAAGAGCUCUUUGCUGGUGUGGACGAGCACGGCUGUAAACCCAGGGCACCGAAUAAAGCACAGGGCGACGGGGACCACAGAGGGGUAAAGUUGAGGAACGGCAAAUAUGUUCCCAUACCUUUCUAUUUCGACCUUCUUCCCAAAGACCAUCCACGCCGCAUUCAGGUUGAACAAGCUUUGCGUGAACGAGAUCAGAGUUGAGCCGCAUGCACGCCAUGGCCGGACUAGUUGAACCC